UCCCAUGUGCAUACUGUGUUUGUUGUUGUUGUCCUCCUCCCAUGAGCCCUGCAGGAGACGGGGCAGUUUCCUACACUAUAGGUUAGCGAUGUUCAUACAAUGUUGUUCCUCUUAAAUCUAAAAGUAAGACCAAAGAUGUUUUCGGGCCAGUCAGGACUGUUCUCCUCCUCUAAGAGUUCUCUAUCUGUGCUCUAUCUGGGCGCUAGUGUUUCUUUGAAGAGACAUUAAAGUAGACCCUGUUUUGCAUGGAGCCACCUUGCUGUUCUUGUUGGGACAGGAUCCCUCACACACAUAAUAAACAGGUGGUCCCCGCUGCAGCUCUAUCAGUCGCUGCACAUCUCAAAGACGGGCUGACUCGCCGGGACUGCUGCCUGUCAAACAUGAAGAUGCUCUGGCUGAGUCUUCUGACUCUCGUGACGCCCGGACAGACUCCCGUCGUGGCCUCGCCUCUCCGAACCCAAGACCUGCCUACGCGACCCCACGCUGGACCGUCUGAAGCUGACCGGGAGUUUGCAGAGGAAUAUCUACGGCACUUCUACGGCUACAAGCCCAAGUCAGAGAGACAGAAGAGGUCUGCAGACACAGAUGUGGAUGCCGAUUGGACGACUGGACUCUGCGAUGAGGUCCAGAAGAUGCAGCGCUUCUUUGGUUUGCCUCCGAGUGGAGAGCUGACCGACGAGACUCUGGCAGUGAUGAAGAGGCCGCGCUGUGGUCUGUCAGACGUGGAACCAUUUGGAGAGACAAUUCGCUGGAAGAAGAGCACCCUCAGCUACAGGAUCGCUGGCUACAACCUCCCCAUCCCUACCUCCAAGGUUCACAAAAUCUUCAGGUCGGCGUGGAAGAUCUGGUCCAACGUCACGCCGAUGAAAUUUCGCAAGCGGAGCAGGAAGGAGGCCGAUAUCGUCAUCUCCUUCCACAACGGCGACCAUGAAGACGGCUCACCUUUUGACGGCACAGGAGGAAUCCUGGCUCACGCCUUUCUGCCGGGGUCUGGUAUCGGUGGAGACGUGCACUUUGAUGCCGAUGAAGACUGGCGCUUUAAUUCUACUGGUUUCAACCUAUUUGCUGUAGCAGUCCAUGAAUUUGGCCACGCACUUGGCCUGUCCCACUCAUCUGACCCCGGAGCUGUCAUGUACCCGUCGUACAACUUCGCCCCCAAUCAUGAACUUCAGCUCUCCUUCCGCGACGUCAAAGACAUCCAACACCUGUACGGUAUCAGUCCCAAUUUUGCUUCACUGUUCUCAAAAAAACCUCCUCCAAAAACACCUGACAAAUGUGAUCCAGAUUUGUCCUUUGACGCUGUAACAGAACUACAACAGGAGGUCCUGUUUUUCAAAGACAGAUUUAUGUGGCGUAAACAUCCUCAGUUUGAUGAAACAAGAAUCACCCUGAUUAGCAGUCUGUGGCCAGACAGCAUACCUCCCAACCUGGAUGCUGUCUAUGAGAAUGUGGAGAGGAAUGUUAUUGUGUUUUUCAAAGGUCAUCAAUACUGGGCGCUCAGGAGGUUAAAACUUGAGGAGGGUUAUCCAAGAAACAUUUCGGACUUGGGCUUCCCCUCCAGAAUAAAAUCCAUAGAUGCCGCUCUUCACUUCAGAAAUGACCACUACACCGUGUUCUUCACUGGCCACGAGUGUUGGAGGUACAAUGAGCAGCAGAAGAUGAUGGAGGGAUCACCGACACUGGUAGAGCAGCAGUGGCCGGGGAUUCCAACUCCCAUCGAUGCAGCUGUCUCCUACGAGGGACUCGUGCACUUCUUCAAGAGAAACAUCCACUACAGAUUUGACUCCAACUCCAAACACGUCGUGUCCACCAGCUCCGCUAACGACCUGCUGGAAUGCGAGAAGAUUGACGACAAUGAAACGCUGACAGUGAGGAGAUAAUUGGAAGGAAAGCACUCCAUGUACUGUAGCUUGAUGACGAUGGUGCUGUGUUACAAAAUGCUAUAACCACAGAGUACCUAAGAACCAAACUAGGAACUGA